GAUAGUUUGAGAUUCUUACCUUUUGUUUGCGUGAUUUAAAAAAACUGUCGUUUUUGACGCUUUAAUUUUAUUUUAUCAAUUAAUAAAUAUCAAGUAUAUGUCUAAUUUUAAUAUGGAUGAAAAUAGUAAGAUAAUGGACACUCAAAAAAAAAUUGUAGAACCAUUGAUAAUAGUACCAAAACCCAGAUCUCAAAUACACCAUCAACAGCAGAAAAAUUCCAACUGUUCAACUUUUAAAUUAGUGCCUGGAACAUCAAAAUACGCUGAACUUCUGCACGUUAUAGAAGAACUAGGACAACAUAUUCGUCCCAGUUAUGCAGGCCAUCGUGGUUCAGCUGAAAAAAUUAGACAAGGGAUUAUAAAGGCUCGUGUUCUAGUCAGAGAGUGCUUAGUAGAGACUGAAAAAAGUGCUCGUCAAUAAAAGCAGCAUUACCUCAAAGUACCUUAUAUUAAAAGUCAACCUUAUUAAUAAAUACACAUAAAGUAUUUAAUAAUGCGCAAUUCCAUAUAUAUAUACUAUUACAAAAAGAGAUAUAAAAUUAAUAUUUUAAAUCUAUAUACAGUAGCUAGCCUAUAACUACCUCAUUGAAUGCAAUAUUAAAUGCAGAAAAUUUAUAACUGCAGUUACAUUACACUUGUUAAAUGAACUUUUAAAUAUGAAUAAAUUUUAGCAUAUUUAAAAAGCACUUUUAUAUUAUUGCAAGAAUGAUACAUUUGACUACUAAUCAAGGGACAUGUAUAUUUAAAAAUUUUAUAAUAUAAAAUAUUUUUGAUGCAAUGAAUGUUUAAAAUAUAAAUGGACCUGAUUAAUUUUAAGAUUAUUAAGCAGUUAGAUCUUAUUGCCGAUGAGUAUUUAAUAAGUAUAUUUAAAAAAUAUAUAAUAUUGUAAUAAAUUCAAUAAAUAGAGAGUAGUUGCAGAAUAAUUGAAUAGGAAAAAAGAAACAAAGCAAAGAAAAUGCAUUUCAAUUCCUAAGUAUUAAAAAUAAAUGC